ACUCCCCGGCUGCCGCGGAGCCUGCGGCGGCUCCUGCUGCGCCUUGCCCUCUGGGUGCUCAUGGGCAGCUCGGUGCCCGCUCUGCUCCGGGCUGAAUUUACGUCACCUGUAGACAGAAAUAAGGAAAGUGGACUGAAAAUGCCAAACCUAUGCAAAUUUUGUGAUAUUAAAGUAACAACCUGCUCAAACCAACAUCAGUGCAGGAGCAACUGCAACAUCACUUCUAUCUGUGAGAAGAGUAGUGAAGUCUGUGUUGCUAUAUGGAGACAGAAUGAUGAAAAUGUGACAUUAGAAACAAUAUGCCACGAUCCCCAGGAAACACUGUAUGGUCACUUUUUGGAUGACUAUCAUUCAGAGCAGUGUUUAAUGAGAGAAAAGAAGGACGAUGGGGGAUUGAUGUUCAUGUGUUCCUGCACAGGUGAAGAAUGCAAUGAUAUGCUCAUUUUUACACCAGAUGACCCUCAUAAGCCAGAGGAGAAAGAUGAAAUUUCCAAAGUCACAAUCAUAAGUCUUGUCCCAUUACUGGUGAUUUCUGUUGCUGUGAUUAUUAUCUUUUAUGCCUACCGCACUCAUAAGAAGAGGAAACUCAACAAGGCAUGGGAGAAGAAUGUUAAACCCAAGAAGCAUAAGGACUGCAGUGAUGUCUGUGCCAUUAUGUUAGAUGAUGACCGCUCAGACAUCAGCUCCACGUGUGCCAACAACAUCAACCACAACACAGAGCUGCUGCCCAUUGAGUUGGACGUUGUUGUUGGCAAAGGAAGGUUUGCUGAAGUGUAUAAAGCCAAAUUGAAGCAAAACACAUCAGAACAGUAUGAAACUGUGGCAGUCAAGAUUUUCUCCUAUGAAGAAUAUGCUUCCUGGAAAACUGAGAAAGACAUUUUUUCAGAUGUAAACCUCAAGCACGAAAACAUUCUCCAAUUCUUGACAGCAGAGGAGCGUAAGACAGAUCUUGGCAAACAGUAUUGGUUGAUCACUGCCUUCCAUGCUAAAGGAAACUUGCAGGAAUAUCUCACACGGCACAUUAUCAGCUGGGAGGACCUCUGGAAACUUGGUGGGUCCUUGGCCCGAGGAAUUGCCCAUCUACACAGUGAUCACACACCCUGUGGUCGUCCCAAAACACCGAUCGUACACAGAGACCUAAAGAGUUCCAAUAUCCUAGUGAAAAAUGAUUUAACCUGCUGUCUCUGUGACUUUGGGUUAUCCCUGAGGCUGGACCCUUCCCUGUCUGUGGAUGACUUGGCUAACAGUGGGCAGGUUGGCACAGCAAGGUAUAUGGCCCCUGAGGUUUUGGAGUCCAGGAUGAACCUGGAGAACAUGGAGUCCUUCAAACAAACAGAUGUGUACUCCAUGGCUUUGGUCCUCUGGGAAAUGACAUCUCGCUGUAAUGCUGUUGGAGAGGUGAAAGAGUACGAGCCCCCAUUUGGCUCCAAAGUGCGAGAACACCCUUGUGUGGAAAGCAUGAAGGACAAUGUCCUGAGAGACCGAGGGCGACCCGAGAUCCCCAGCUCCUGGCUUAACCAUCAGGGCAUCCAGAUGGUGUGUGAGACCCUCAUCGAGUGCUGGGACCACGACCCCGAGGCGCGGCUGACGGCGCAGUGCGUGGCCGAGCGCUUCAGCGAGCUCAAGCACCACGACCGGCUCUCGGGAAGGAGCUGCUCCGAGGAGAAGAUUCCCGAAGACGGCUCCGUGACCACCGCCAAGUAGCGCAUGCCCGAGGGCUCCGGAACGGAGGGAAGCCGCUCCUAUACACGUGUUCACCUUGGCAAAGGAAGAAGUCUUGAUCUGUGCCUUGACUUGCUUCCUGGAGGACUGAGGCUGUCGCUUCUCCCUUUAGGCUCCAGCUCUGGACAGGGAGAUGUAUUCUGGGAAUUAAAAGCUGGGGGAGUAGCAGUCAUACCCUAGCACUGGCGGCCAGCAUCAUGUCGUAGGAGGAGCUAUAUAUGGUAGCACUUCCUCAGGAAAAGGAUUUGAAAAUAGCCAAUAACAUUAUGCACUUUAUUAAUGCCUGUAUAUAACUAUGAAAUUGCUAUUUAUAUAUAUAUAUAUAUACAUAUAUAUCUAUAAAUGUGUGUGUAUGUAUAUAUA